CAGAAGGUCGGAGGAAGAAAUCCCUGCCCCGUUCUCCUUCAAGAAUUGGAAAGGACACCAGAAAAUACCUUGUGGACAAUGGUAGCCUUGAAGAUCUUCAAUCUGCUGCUGGGGUCCCUGCUCCUGGCCACGGUGCUAACAGAGAAAGGGGAGGGUCACUCAAGAUUUCACACGAAGGUCAGUGGCUCCCGACCUCGAGGCCCCAGGUAUGCCGAGGGGACUUUCAUCAGUGACUACAGCAUUGCUAUGGACAAGAUCCGCCAACAAGACUUUGUCAACUGGCUCCUGGCCCAGAAGGGGAAGAAGAAUGACUGGAAACACAACAUCACCCAGAGGGAGGCGGGGGCCCUAGAGCUGGCCCAUCAAUCUAACAGGAAGGAGGAGGCGAGGGAGCAGCAGGGCUCCCUACCCAAGAACCCCAGUGAUGAAGAUCUGCUAAAGGAUUUCCUGAUUCGUGAGCUGCUGGCGUGGAUGGUGAAUCAGAUGGAAAUCUGCAGGCUCAGGUUUCAGUGACUCAGACCAAACCCAGCUCAGGUCCCCGGACUCUGCCCUUCACUUAGUCCUCAGCUCCACUCCUGAGUACCCAAGAGAAGCCAAACCAAUAAAG